AGCCAUACCAUUCAACCCUCCAUGGAACUUAUACCUUACAAGAACACGUCGCAUGGCCAGAUAUUGGGCAAAGAGACAAUCAGCUUCAAGUAACGCUGAAACUGAUUCCUUCACCGGCAACACCCGGGCUGAGAAUUGCACCUCCAUUUCUCCAUAUAAUCACCAAUAAUACGAAGAGUCCGUCUCACCGUAACUUCAUCUCACUCAACGUUAGAAACCAUGGGGAGCACAGAAACUGUUCCUUUCUGGAACAUGAACAUCCCCGAGGACCAGAGAACCGAAGAGUGUCCUGACUUUCUCCGAGGCGUCCACAAGAAAGAUCAAGGCAUUCUCUCCACCCCAGACCAAGAGUACCACAUCUUCUCCUGGGCUGAGGUCCGCGACAUCAUCCAAACAAACCGCUUAGAGAAGUUCAAGCGUGUUCCCUCAGAGCUUAGGCGCUACAAAGCCUUCACGUUCUAUCUGAAACAGAAGUACGGCAGUGUCGCCAACUUUAUCCAUGAACAUCGUCUUGGAUGGAGUACUCCAGUGAUGCCGCGCGGAGCACCGUUUGAAUUCGAGGACGAUUAUAAGAUCAUAUGGAAUGACGCCCCCUACGGGAUAGACCCGAGAAUAGCGCACCUUGUCGUGUGGACAAAGUUCGACCUCGUAGAAGAUCCCGCCACAGGAGAUUUGACGGACAUGGCGAGAAAAGAAAUUGAUGAUUUCGUGACAAAGACCUUUCGAGCGCAUAUCCCAGAGGAUAAUGUUCUUUGGUUUAGAAACUGGCAUUCUUUGCAAUCGGUCAACACCGUGCAGCACUUUCACGUCAUGCUCUUCGACCCCGAUCCCGACUUUGUACGGAAGGUCACUGAGGGAGACGUUCCACGGGCAGGAAUGGAGGUUCACAAGUGAGUGUUGAGGGACAUUAAAUAGGUAUCACUUGCGGCGAUUCGUCUUCGUUGGAAGAAGCUGAAUAUGCUGAAGCAUCCGUGUUGAUAACGCCAUAUAUGUUGAUCAAUACUACCUACUGCCUCAGGUACAGCAUAUGCAGACUGUCCAAAGCGAGCUUGAGUAGUUGAAUGGGGAAUAAUCAUCCAAGUAGCCAUAUACGCAUAUGCGACCUACUUUUUACUCCGCAUAUCAAACUUUUACCUAGGACCAAGUGCACUACGGCUUCCUGUCAUUCGAGUGCGCAAUCUGGUUUCUAGUGUCAUCAAACCUAACAUCUUUCGUCUUAGAGACCUCGAUCUUGAC